AUUAGUCUAGCUGCUCUCUCUAUUCAUUCGGGCCAACUCGUCAACUCUUUCCCUCGCUUUCAUUCAGAAUUCCAUUAUUUCUCGUAUCAUUUUGCCAUUCUUGCCACUUUCGAUUCCUAUUUUUGCUUUUGAUCUUCGGUAUCAUAUUCCCACCUCGGUGGCGCCCCUACAGACCGACACAUACCUGGCCGACUUUCCUUGCGUCUGCCUGUACACCGGGACCCGCCUCAUACCCAGUACGUGUUGGUCCAUGGCAAGCCUCCUACUUGGCCUGAUCACAUCGUCCUGAGAGUGAGAGUUCACCCAAACUUCCCCCCCCCCCAAACGAUGCGUCUUACAGGUGGUGUCGCUGCGGCUCUGGGCCUUUGCGGUGCUGCCUCCGCUUCUCUCCAUCCUCAUCGUUCCUACGAGACACAUGAUUACUUCGCUCUACACCUUGAUGAAUCCGCCUCGCCGGCCGACGUCGCUCAACGACUAGGUGCUCGCCACGAAGGCCCCGUCGGAGAAUUACCUUCACAUCAUACCUUUUCGAUACCCCGUGAGAACAGUGACGAUGUCCAUGCGCUGCUGGAUCAAUUGCGCGAUCGUCGGAGGUUACGCCGCCGCUCCGGAGACGACGCCGCUGUCCUUCCCUCCUUGGUCGGGCGAGACGAAGGUCUAAGUGGGAUUCUUUGGUCCGAAAAGCUGGCCCCCCAGAUGAAACUUCAUAAGAGAGUGCCGCCGACAGGAUAUACUGCCAGAUCGCCUGUGAACACUCAGAGUGAUCCUCAAGCGCUUGCGUCGCAAAAGCGCAUUGCUUCGGAAUUGGGCCUAGCGGAUCCCAUCUUCGGCGAACAAUGGCAUUUGUUCAAUACCGUUCAACUGGGUCAUGAUCUUAACGUGACGGGCAUCUGGCUGGAGGGUAUUACCGGGCAGGGUGUUACGACAGCUAUUGUCGAUGAUGGUUUGGACAUGUACAGCAACGAUCUUAGGCCGAACUAUUUUGCGGCGGGGUCUUACGACUAUAACGACAAAAUACCGGAGCCGAGGCCGCGCUUGAGCGACGACCGCCACGGUACUAGAUGUGCGGGUGAAAUCGGUGCGGCGAAGAACGACGUGUGCGGGGUUGGUGUUGCGUAUGAUAGUCGCAUUGCUGGUAUUCGGAUUCUUUCUGCACCCAUUGACGAUACUGAUGAGGCUGCGGCUAUCAACUAUGCUUACCAGGAGAACGAUAUUUACUCGUGUUCCUGGGGUCCUUACGAUGAUGGCGCUACAAUGGAGGCUCCGGGAACCCUGAUCAAGCGGGCCAUGGUCAAUGGUAUUCAAAAUGGUCGGGGUGGAAAAGGCUCGGUUUUUGUGUUUGCGGCUGGUAACGGUGCCAUUCAUGAUGACAACUGUAACUUUGACGGUUACACCAACAGUAUCUACAGCAUCACGGUGGGUGCCAUUGAUCGGGAGGGUAACCAUCCUCCGUACUCGGAAUCCUGCUCGGCGCAACUGGUGGUUGCCUACAGCAGCGGCGCGAGUGAUGCAAUUCAUACCACGGACGUCGGCACAGACAAGUGCUCGAGUACUCAUGGUGGAACUUCGGCGGCCGGCCCGCUCGCUGCGGGGACUGUGGCGCUGGCCCUCAGUGUUCGGCCGGAACUCACCUGGCGUGAUGUCCAACAUUUGAUGAUUGAGGCGGCAGUGCCGGUUCACGAAGACGAUGGAAGCUGGCAAGACACUAAGAAUGGAAAGAAGUUCAGCCAUGACUGGGGAUACGGCAAGGUAGAUACCUGGACGCUGGUGCAACAGGCAAAGACCUGGGAUCUGGUGAAGCCCCAAGCCUGGCUCCAUUCCCCUUGGCAGCGGGUUGAGCAUGAGAUUCCACAGGGCGAGCAGGGCCUGGCCAGUUCGUAUGAGGUGACGGAGGAUAUGUUGAAGGGUGCCAAUCUGGAAAGGCUGGAGCAUGUCACGGUCACCAUGAAUGUUAACCACACCCGCCGAGGCGAUCUCAGCGUGGAGUUGCGGAGCCCUGACGGCAGGGUCAGUCACCUCAGUACGCCCCGGCGGCCGGAUAAUCAAGAGGUGGGCUAUGUUGACUGGACUUUUAUGAGCGUUGCUCAUUGGGGCGAGUCCGGAAUUGGCAAAUGGACUGUGAUUGUCAAGGACACCAAUGUCAACGAGCAUAAUGGACAGUUCAUUGACUGGCGACUCAACUUGUGGGGCGAGGCGAUUGACGCAGCCGAGCAGCCUCUUCACCCCAUGCCUACUGAACAUGAUGACGACCACAGCUACGAGGAAGGAAACGUGGCUACCACGAGCAUUGGCGCCGUCCCCACGAAAACCGAGCUGCCUGACAAGCCCACUGGUGGCGUUGAUCGCCCGGUGAACGUUAAGCCAACAACAUCCGCGAUGCCGACAGGUAGUCUGAUGACGGAUCCCAUCGAUGAUGAAGAACUCGAGAAGACCCCUACGGCAGAGGCAAGCUCAACAGCAAGCCCUUCUCCGAGCUCUGCGUCAGAUAGUUUCCUGCCUUCCUUCUUUCCCACGUUUGGUGCCUCCAAGCGAACGCAAGCCUGGAUUUAUGCCGCGAUCGGCUCCAUCAUUGUCUUCUGCAUUGGUCUGGGCGUUUACUUCCAUGUGCAACGCCGUAAACGCCUUCGCAACGACAGUCGGGAUGACUAUGACUUCGAGAUGAUCGAAGACGAGGAUGAGCUGCAGGCAAUGAACGGACGGGCGGACCGUUCACGUCGCCGAGGUGGCGAGCUGUACAAUGCUUUUGCGGGCGAGAGCGACGAGGAACCGUUGUUCAGUGAUGAGGAUGGUGAACCAUAUCGGGAUCGGGGGAUUAGCGGCGAACAAGAACGGGAGGGGGAUGGAGAGCAUUCUCGGAGAUGAAGGGCAAGUAGAUGAGGGUUGAUCUUAUUUCGGACAGUGUUUCUAACUCGUUGGAUGACCUGCGUUGAACGAUAUUACUGCUGUGUAUGCUGCAUAGAGAAAGCGUGUAUAUACCAUGUAUGUUUGCACUAUCUUAAAUCAUUC